UCCCAUCUGCCUGGAUUUCUUCACCGAUCCGGUGAUACUGGAGUGUGGGCACAACUUCUGCCGCUCCUGUAUCACACAGAGUUGGGACAGGGAGGCGAGAAACUCCUGCCCGGAAUGUAGAGACGAGUUUACUGACCGCACCCUGAGGGUGAAUCGGGCCUUGGUUAGACUGGCUGAGAAAGCUCGAGCACUGAGCCCGAAUCUUAAAGAGAAGGAAAGUAAACUUCACUGCGAGAAACAUCAGGAAGAACUGAAGCUGUUUUGUGAAACGGACAAGAAGCUGAUCUGUUUGAAUUGUGCAGCUGCGCAGGAACACAAGUCUCACAGCUUCAUGCUGAUAGAAGAAGCAAUUGAAUUCUACAAGGAACAGGUGAAAUAUUCUUUCGAAUCUCUCACAGAAAAGAAAUCAGAGAUCGAGCAAAUGGAGCAGGAACAGAAAGAGAGCAUUUCUGGAGUUCAGGAAGAGUCACACAACCUUCAGUCACAGAUCACAUCCCUGUUUGCUGAACUGCACCAGAUAUUCACUGAGAAAGAGCAGCGCUUCCUUGGAGAUAUCCGUGAGGAAGAGAAAAAGAUUGUAAAAAGAAUGAAGAAAAAUCUUCACGAGAUUCAAGAGAAUUUAAAUUCCAUUCAAGAGGAACUCUCAAAGUUACAGGAACAGAUAGACCACAAGGCCGAUGUGAUAUUUCUUAAGGAGCAAGCUGGUCACAAGAGGAGGGUUAGUGAUGAAGCCAACCCAAUGUGUGUGGUAAAAGGUGUGAUGCCGAUUGAAAAGUUUGAUCUCACUUUUUUCCACAACAUGGCAUUGAGAGAAACAUCUGAUAUCAUCAAACGAGUCUCCGUCACCCUGGAUGAGGAAACAUCGGGUCUGCAGCUCGAGGUGUCUGAGGAUCGGAAGAGGGUGAGACUGGCCGAGUACUGCAGGAAUCUCCCUGAAACCGAGAAGAGGUUUACAUACCUGGAGUGUGUGCUGGGAUCGGAGGGAUUCACAUCGGGGAGAUAUUACUGGGAAGUGGAGGUGGCGGUGUCGUGGUUGGAGUCUGGGGGUCGCCGCAGAUUUCCAACCAGCUCCCACUUUCCUCUGCUCGAGCCCCGACUCUUCCCUUCGCUUUCUCGCCGUUUCAGAGAAAACCGAGUGGCCAAAGACCAUUCCAAGCCCGCGGACGCCAUCGGCUACUUCGUCUAUCCACUAUCCCUGUUUGCGCAUCGAAAUUGA